AUGAAAGCUGCACAUGAACAAAGUGAUCCUCGUCAAGAACUGCGUAAAGAGCGAGAGAUGGACUCUGCCUGUCUCCUCCUCCUCAUCAUCAGCCUCAGCUCCUGCACAACUGCUGCUCCUCCUCCUCCUCCACAUCUGGACCCUGAAGUCCACAUGAACAUAUCGGAGAUGAUCCGGUACUGGGGGUUCCCGGCUGAGGACCAUGAGGUGUUGACGGAGGAUGGCUACAUCUUGUCACUGACCCGUAUCCCCUCUUCCAGCAGGGGGAGCUCUGGAGUGGUCCUAUUGCAGCACGGACUUCUAGCCGCAGGCAGUAAUUGGGUCUCCAACCCACCCGAGUCGGCCCUAGGGUUCUUUCUGUCGCAGAGUGGGUUUGACGUGUGGCUCUCCAACAGCAGAGGGAACACCUGGUCCAGGAGGCACCGGACUCUGAGACCAGACCAGAGAGAGUUCUGGGCCUUCAGUCACGAUGAGAUGGCCCUGAGCGACCUGCCGGCAACCAUCCACUACGUCCUGAACGUCACGGGCCAACCCCAGCUCUACUACAUCGGCCACUCCCAGGGCACAACCAUAGGGUUUAUGUCCUUCUCGUCGCUCUCGUCCGUCGCAGACAAAGUCAAACUCUUCGUGGCUUUGGCUCCUGUCGCCACCGUUGCCUUUACUCAGAGUCCGAUAACCAAAAUGUCCGUGUUGCCCGAGUGCGUUGAAUGGGACCUGUUUGGGAGGCGGGACUUCCUGCCUCAGAGUCACAUAGUCGAGUGGUUUGCAGAACACGUUUGUACGAAGCACAGCGCCCUCUGUGGGAACCUGUUCUUUGUGCUGUGUGGCUUCAACCCGGGCAAUAUCAAUAUGACCCGGACCCCCGUCUACACGACCCAUUGUCCUGCUGGGACUUCGGUGCAGAACAUGAUCCACUGGUCCCAGGCAGUGAAAGGCGGGAAACUCAGAGCCUUCGAUUAUGGGAAACAAGGAAACGAGGAGCACUACAACCAGACCACGCCCCCUGAAUAUGACGUGCGACAGAUGAAAGUUCCCACUGCUGUUUUCUCUGGAGGUCGAGACACUCUCGCAGAUCCCAAAGAUGUGGCACUGCUGCUGCCUCAGAUCUCAAACCUGGUUUUCCACCUUCACCUGGAUCAGUGGGAGCAUCUGGACUUCAUCUGGGGCCUCGACGCCAAAGACAAAAUCAAUCACCCGGAGAUCAGCCAAUCAGCAGCGACUCCAGGAUCAGUCAUGGCUGUGGUGAGUGGAUCGUACCGCAUGGUCUCAGAGGAGGAGCAGGCUCUCAGGGCCAAACUGGAGCGUCUCACGGUGAAGGACCACGGCCCGGUGUUCGGAGCCUGUGCCAAAAUACCGGACCACACACAGCAGAAGGCCAAAGACGAGCUGAACGAGACAGAUGAGAAGCGUGUGUCAGCAGUGAAGGAGCUCAGGUCUAUGAUGGCAGAGAAGGCAGAGUCAGGGGAUGACCUGCAUCGCGGCGUCAAGGACACGUUUGGAGAAAAACCCGACGCCAUGUUGGUGCGGUUCAUCCGAGCCAGGAAGUACGACGUGACCCGUGCCUACGACCUGAUGAAGGGUUACGUGAGGUUCCGUAAGGAGUACCCAGAGCUGUUUGAGAACUUGACUCCGGAGGCGGUCCGCAGCACCAUCGAGGCCGGGUACCCGGGGAUUCUCCCGAGUCGGGACAAACACGGCCGUGUGGUCCUGCUCUUCAACAUCGAGAACUGGGACUACGAGGAGAUCACCUUCGACGAGAUCCUCAGGGCGUACUGUGUGAUUCUGGAGAAACUUCUGGAAAAUGAAGAAACUCAGAUCAACGGUUUCUGCAUCAUCGAGAACUUCAAAGGCUUCACCAUGCAGCAGGCGUCCGGGAUCAAGCCCACUGAGCUCAAGAAGAUGGUUGACAUGCUGCAGGACUCGUUUCCUGCUCGAUUCAAAGCCGUGCACUUCAUUCAUCAGCCGUGGUAUUUUACCACAACCUACAACGUGGUCAAACCUCUGAUGAAGGGCAAGCUGCUGGAGCGGGUCUUCGUCCAUGGAGACGAGUUGGACAAUUACUACAAAGAGUUUGACUCGGACAUCCUGCCAUCCGAGUUUGACGGAAAAGGUUCAAAAUACGACGGAAAGGCGACCGCGGCUCGGCUCUUUGACUGA